UUCUCUUUAAUUUUGCCAAUGUCGAAAGCUCUCUCCCUCCCUCUCUAAUGCCAUCGAUCUCUGCCAUUUGAUAAAAAUUUCCUCGAAAAAUCGAAUUUUUUUUUUAAAAAUCCGAUAAAAAGAUCCCGACCCGGUGACCCGAAAUGGCGGCGUAUAGAGCGGAUGACGACUAUGAUUAUUUGUUCAAGGUGGUGCUGAUCGGGGAUUCGGGUGUGGGGAAAUCGAACUUGCUGUCGAGAUUUACGAGGAACGAGUUUAGCCUUGAAUCCAAAUCCACAAUCGGAGUGGAAUUCGCCACCCGAAGCAUUCGGGUCGAUGAUAAGAUCGUUAAGGCCCAGAUUUGGGACACCGCUGGACAGGAAAGAUACCGAGCAAUUACAAGUGCGUACUACCGAGGAGCUGUUGGUGCAUUGCUCGUCUAUGAUGUUACUCGACAUGUCACAUUUGAGAAUGUUGAGAGAUGGUUGAAGGAGCUACGAGAUCACACAGACUCCAAUAUUGUCAUUAUGCUUGUUGGUAACAAGGCAGACCUGCGACACUUGCGUGCUGUUUCCACUGAGGAUGCUAAGGCCUUUGCCGAGAGAGAAAAUACCUUCUUUAUGGAGACAUCUGCCCUUGAGUCAAUGAAUGUUGAAAAUGCAUUCACAGAAGUGCUAACUCAAAUAUAUCGCGUGGUCAGUCGAAAAGCACUCGAGGUAGGGGAUGAUCCUGCAGCCUUGCCCAAGGGACAAACCAUCAAUGUUGGAAGCAAGGAUGAUGUUUCGGCCAUCAAGAAAGUUGGCUGCUCAGAGGCAAGAAAAAAAGACACCUCUGACAGACAGUAUAUAUAUAUAUUGGUCUGGACGUACGGUAGCAGAGUGGAAGCAAAGAUGAGCAAAUCGAACAACUCCGAACUUCAUGUUGCUAUGUUUCCAUGGUUUGCCUUUGGCCAUUUCAUCUCCUUUCUUCACCUCUCAAACAAGCUUGCUGAGAAAGGCCACAAGAUUUCCUUCUUAUUGCCUAAAGGAGCACAGGCAAAGUUGGAACAGCUAACCCACUACCCAAACCUGAUUCGAUUCUUUCCUCUCGUUGUUCCCCGUGUAGAUGGUCUCCCUCCAGGCGCCAAAACUGUAUCUAAUGUUCCUUUCUCGCUACAUAUCAAGUUUAAUGCUGGCUUUGAUGGAACCCAAGAUCAAGUUGAAGACAUCUUAAAAACUAUAAAGCCUGAUAUGGUUUUCUAUGAUUUUGGGCAUUGGAUUCCAGCUUUGGCUCGCCAAAUGGGCAUCAAGUCUGUGUACGAUACUGUGGUUUCUGUAGCUGCAAUUGCGCUCUUAACCAAAACAGAUGGCAAGGAUGGGAAGGACGUGACUGAAGAAGAGCUUAUAGAGACACCUCCUGGUUAUCCUUCUUCCAUUGUGAGAUUCAGAGAAGAAGACGUUGGUGCGAUAAUAGAUUUCUUAGUAGUACCGGAAACAGGAUUGUCAAUUGAAGAUCGCCUGAUCGCUAGCAUUGAAGAGAAUGAUGCCACAGCCUUCAGGACUAAUCGUGAAAUUGAGGGACCUUUCUGUGACUAUUUUGUCGAACAAUUUGGAAAGACCGUUCUGUUGACAGGACCUUGCUACCCUGAAACCAAGAACACACAGCUUGAAGAGAAAUGGGCUUCCUGGCUGAGUAACUUUGAGCCAAGUUCGGCGGUGCUUUGUGCAUUUGGAAGCCAGAUUACCUUGCAAAAGGAGGAGUUUCAAGAGUUAGUUCUUGGGCUUGAGCUAUCGGGGCUACCUUUCUUGGUGGUUUUGAGACAAACACAAGGAUGCGUGACUGUUAAAGAGGCAUUGUCUGAGGGGUUUGAAGAGAGGGUUCAAGGAAGAGGGCUGGUGCAUGGUGGUUGGCUUCAACUAAAACACCCAUCUAUUGGGUGUUUUGUGAGUCACUGUGGUUAUGGAACCAUGUGGGAAUCUCUGCUCAGUGAUUGCCAAAUUGUACUGAUUCCUCGCCUGGCAGAUCCAAUCCUGAACACCAGAUUAAUUGUAGAUGAACUCAAGGUUGCAGUUGAGUUGGAGAGAGGAGAAAAGAUGCAGAUUUCCAAGGAUAAGUUGAGUGCAACCAUCAAGUUGGCAAUGAACAAGGACAGUGAUAUGGCUGGUUUGUUAAGGAGAAACCAUUCCAAGCUGAACCAAACACUUUCUAACAGAAAUCUUCAGGAUGAAUAUAUCAAUAAUUUCGUCCAAGGUCUGCAAAAUCUUACCGAUUAG